AUGGCAUCCACCCACCAAGCCGAAAAGGCCCCACAUCCCGCCUUGCCUGCGGAUGACAGCCUCGGAGACCGACACGACGUGCAUGAUCCUGAUCCCAAUGAAGUAUAUUGGGAUGGUGAUGCGGAUCCCUCGAACCCUAUGAACUGGAGCGCCAAAUAUCGUUGGUGCCAUGUUGGCUUCAUCUCGCUCCUCACCUUUGUCACUUCGCUCGCUUCAUCCAUGCUAGCACCGGCAGUUCAUGAUGUGAUGAAAUCUCUUGGAUCCGAUGAUACCAAGCUGGAGUCGUUUGUUGUGUCGAUCUAUGUGAUCGGAUUCGCUAUUGGCCCACUCAUAGUAGCGCCAUUGUCAGAAUUGUAUGGUCGCGCUAUCAUCUACCAUGUGACAAAUGUGAUCUUUCUUGGGGUCACUAUUGGAUGUGCCUUGAGCACGAACGUGGGAAUGUUCCUGGCAUUCCGGUUUAUCUCUGGCUGUGCGGGAGUAGCCCCUUUAGCCUUGGGUGGAGGUACGAUUGGCGACCUCAUGCCUCCGGAGCGAAUGGGGACCGCAAUGGCUAUUUGGGGGUUAGGGUCGUUAGUGGCGCCUGUCUUCUCUCCCAUUGCAGGAGGAUACCUGAGCCAAGAUGCGGGCUGGAGGUGGAUUUUUUGGGUUAUUGCUAUUCCGAUGGCCAUCUUGACGAUAAUGUCCCCCUUUUUGAUCCAUGAGACAUACGCACCCGUACUACUGGAAGCUAAGACUCGGAGACUUCGUAAGGAGACAGGUAAUCCGCAGUUGAAGUCUCGCCUCGACCCUGGGGUCUCUCGCCAGGAAGUCGUAAUAACAGCUCUCAUUCGUCCCCCUAGGCUUCUGCUAACUUCUUUUGUGGUGACAAUAAUUGCCAUGUACGUGGCAGUGGUGUAUGGAUACCAAUAUCUUGUCUUUACCACACUGGCGUAUAUUUUCCAGGACAAGUAUCACUUAUCAACCGGUUCAUCUGGCUUAGUUUACUUGGGAACCGGAAUUGGAACUAUUCUAGGCAUUUUUACCAUUGGUCUUGCGGCUGACAAAGUCACGGAGCGAAAGAAAAAGAAAGCAUCUGCCUUGAGCGAACAAAUACCUCCAGAGGAGUAUCUGUGGCCGAUGGUUCCUUCGAGCCUGGUAGCUCCCAUUGGUCUCUUUUGGUAUGGGUGGUCACUGCAAACGAAUGCUUCCCCGGCGGUACCGUUAGUUGGGCUGGGAGUUUUUGGAUUCGCCAUGAUGGGUAUUUUUCAGCCAGCGCAAGUCUACCUCGUGAAUUCAUUCUCGAUACAUUCUGCUUCCGCCCUAGCGGCCAUGAACAUUCUUAGAAGUUUGGCCGGAGGCUUGUUGCCUCUGGCAGGCCAUGGUCUUUACGAUGCUCUGGGGAUGGGAUGGGGGAACAGCCUCUUGGCCUUUAUUGCAUUGGCGUUCGCUCCUGUGCCCUUCCUCUUGAUAAAAUAUGGGGCACGAAUGAGGAAAAAUGAUCAGAAUAUCAAGGGAUCUCAACCCCGAUAG